GAUAUUACUGCGAUAUUUAACUGAUUGCAGUGUAUUACUUAAAUGCAAUGUUUUUCAACAUUGUUGCUGGCAUUGUGUUUUAUAUAUAUAGAACUGAAACAAGUCUAUUCUUACUACAAUACAUCUGAAAAGGUUGCAUAACUCACAUGUACGAAUAUACCACAGUUAAUAUGUAUAAGGUGUUUGGCAUUACUCUUGUCAGUCUUGGAAUAUGUUUCUUCUCAGACCCUGUAACAGUUGAUGCUAUUAAACUAUCAGGAUUGUAUCUGUGCCAGCCAGGAGCUUUGGUCUUUACCCUACUUGGCUUCUUGUUGAUACCGACUUCAAUAUUUGGUUUCUAUAUUGAUUCGCACAAAGAAACAGUAAUGAUGUAUUUGGGAUUUCUUUUUGUGAUACUUACGUUUCAACUUGAGUAUUCAAUUCUGGCUUUUACAGAAAAAGACACGUUACGUACACGAAUUAAUAAGAGCAUGGUGGUAGAAGAACACUCACUUGCAUCACUGAAUAAUACCGACUUGGUAAAGUAUGAAAAUGAGUUGAAGUGUUGCGGUAAGACAAGGGGUUGCAUGGACUGGGAGAUAGGUUCGUCAAGCUUUGGUUGUGGAUGCGAUCCUAAUACAGAGUCUCGGGAUUACUGUGAUCAUGCUUCUGCACAAAUGUGCAAAGGGGAUAAUAAUAAUGAAACCCGGUCGACCUUUAUUUACACACAGCCAUGCUCGGAUGUUGUUUUCCAGACCAUUUCAUACAACUUGUCCGUAUACGGGGGGGUUGGAAUAACUGCUACCAUUUUUGAAAUUUUCUCUGUGUUUGCGGCAUUGAAAAGACGUUUUGAAAAUUGACAACUUAUUCAUGGAGUUUUGUAUAUAGACAUAUUCGCCGAGUGUU